AUGGACCAGGGCGCCGGGAGCAGUCGCGGAGGAAGGGAGGAGGAGGAGCAGGCGGCGGGGGGCAGCGAGGCGCAGGGGAGCGGGAGCGGGAGGGAAGGGCAGGAACCAAAGAACGAGCAGCAACCUUCUCGGCCAACAACAUCAACACGGGCUGGGGAUAUCCAGGUCUUAUUGCGCAAGAUAGGUGCUGAAUUUCGUGACACCAUGGCUUUCAGCGCUGGAAUUGCAACUCGCAAGCUGGAGGCCAUCCUCGAGUCACUGAAGUCCGAUGAUCUGUCAGAUCAGCAACAGGGCCUCCAGGAGCUGUGCCAGUGUGUCAUGAUGUCCUCUGACGACUCACUGGCCUCAGCUCCUCAGCUUGGCGAGGUCAUCCCUCUUUUGGUGAACUUCCUAAGCUCUGACAGCUUUGAGCUGAUGCUGUACUCUGCCCGGUCUCUCAGAUACUUGGCAGAGAAUCUGCCAGGUUCAUGUCGACAGAUGGUUCAACUGGGGGUGGUUCCUGCCCUGAGUGCUAGCAUGCUGGCAAUACGAUUCAUAGAUGUUGCUGAAGAAUCACUAUCAGCGCUCUUCAAGAUAUCGAAAGAGGAACCUAAGAUAUGCCUUCAAAGUGGGGGAAUGACAGCUGUUCUUUUGCACAUGGAGUUUCUGGACUCUGGCAUGCAGCGCAUAGCUGUUGAGGCUGCUGCAAACAUGUGCAGAGCAGUCACCCCAGACACUUUUGAGAUGGUACAAGACCAGCUGGAGAAACUUGUGACAUUGUUGAAGUAUGAGGACACCCACCUCGUGGAAUGGUCAUGCACGUCGCUGGUGCGCAUAUGUGAGGCCAUCACCGCGAGAAGCAAUCUGAUUGGUGUGCUGGUUGAGUGCGGCGUUGUUGAGCCAGCCAUUGAGAUGAUUGCAGUUGAGGAAACUGGUGGCAUGGUUGCCCCACUGUCGCCUGCCACAUACUUUGGCCUCAUCCGUUUGCUGGCCAUAUGUGCUGCAAGAUCCCACAUGGUCGCAGAGACGUUACUAUCUUCUGGAAUCUCUGACACGAUGCUUGCUUUGGUUGGAAAUUCUGGUCUGAUUCACACGGGGGAGAGUGGAGGGCUUGUGCGUACGCAUGAGCACUUGUCGGAUGUCCUGAUGCUCAUUGACAGCGUCUUGCCUGCGGUUGACAAAGCGGGAGAGGAUGAGGAGGGUUCAGAAAAUGUAGCCCAGCACAGGCAGUUUGUGACUGAAAAUGCCAGUCUGGUUAACAAAUUCGGCCAGGACAUCCUCCCGCUGCUGAUGCAAGUUUCCAACACUGUGCACUUGCGGCCGAGGGUCCUGUCGAUUAUGGCCAAGGUGGUGCACUAUGUUGAUGUCACCACAUUGGGGGAAGUGAUUCAAGGCCUGGCUGUCUCCAGCCUCAUGGCAUCGCUGCUGGUGUCUCCAGACGACCAAAUUGUGGGCCAGGUGGUUGGGCUUGUUGAGCUUCUGAUGGAAAAGCUGCCAGAAGUGUUUGCCACACAGUUCAUGAAGGAGGGCGUUGUGCAUGCGAUGAAUAAACUUUCACAGGGCGCCAAUAAAACGGACCCUGUGCACCCUUCCACAUCCGAGGCUGGUCCGGGUCAGCCACCCUCUGCCCUGCGGCAAGACUCGGUCGGACGUGCAGAGGUCUUCUUGUCGAGACACUUUAGUGAUGUCGCAAAUGGAACUGAGCCAGAGGAGUUGCGGCACCUGCGCGACCUCAGCAUGCGUCUUGCAGAGCCGCAAGCACUGCAUGAGCUGCUCACAACGCUGAAGGCAGACAAGGGCUCACGUGUAUCUGUGUAUGAGUUUCUUAACAGUGGGGUAAUCGCUGCGCUAAACACUUUUCUGCGCGUGGAUGGGAACAAGGGGUUCCGCAGGAAUGUGGCAGAGAGCAUGCUUGUGAAUGUUAAGAGCUUGGUUGCUGCCAGUUUGGGGCCAGAGGCCGGUGAUGAACCACUGCUGGUGUGGCUGGUCCGCAAGCUUCGGGAUGCCCUCAUGGCCGUUGAGGAGUUUCCUGUGAGAACAAUGAUCGCCCGUAGGGUGCGGGUUCGCAGUUCUCUUAGGACAGGUGAGGCUGACCAGAGUCACAGGCUUUGUUCCAUCGGUGUCCCGCUGAAGUUGAAGCUUGUACGUCAUGAAGAGGAGGCUGAGUUGAAAGAUUUCAACAAGGAUGCAAAGCAAAGUAGUGAAUUGAGUGUGGAGCCGAUGGUGACCAUGCAGGCUUUGGAGGAUUGGCUGAUUCAGAGAGUUGUUUCCAGCAGUAAUGCUGAUGCUGAUGCUGGGCCCAGUGCUGCAGCUUCCACUUGCAAGGACCAGCAAGCUGAGGAGGCAAGACCAUCUUCCUCAAGACCCACCAGAACUGGAGGGAAUGCUGUGGCAGAUGGGACGGGGAGUGCCAGAGGUCCCAGCCGUGUAAUGACAAGGGCACAGACAGCAAGGCAACGUGAGCGUUCUGGGUUGGAAGGCCAGGGUGACGCGAUGUCUGAGGACGACCAGGAUGCAGUUGCAGAGGCUGUGGAUGUGGGUGAGGUUAUUGGGGACGAUGACAACAUGGACGAGGACAGUGAUCCUAUUCAGGAGGGGGGCAUUGACAACGAAGAUGAUGACCUGGAUUCUGUGUCAGAGGAUGAGCUGUCUGAGGAUGGCGAGCCAUGCCUUGGUGAGCCACAUGGGUUGAUGUCGUAUGCCCAGGCAGCCCAAGUGGGGGCUGGAGCACAGCCCAGGAUCAUGUUCCAGCUUGGAGAUGUUGCCUUGUCACCUCAGACAACAGUGUACCAAGCGGUCAGGGAGUACCUUGCAGCUCAGCAUGGGCUGGAGGAGGAUGUGGAGGGAGACUCUGAAAAGGUCGCUACUUGGCAACAGUGCUUUGAAGAGACUUUCAGCUUUAAAUACAGAACAGCCCCCCCAACGGAUGGUGCCAAAGAGAGGAGGGCAGCCAAGAAGAGGCACACCAGCAGACAGCAGCCUCUCCCUGUGGCUGUACUUGGCCGAUUGCCGCUGCCUGAGGACUUGAACGUCAGCACUGAAGUUUGGGAUGUGUUGGAGCUCAUGAAGAAACUCGACACCAUAAACCAGCUAGCGCCAAGGUGGCUUCCAAAAGACACUACUGGCAGCCGCAUGGUUUCAAGGAGGGAGUUCAUUUGCUCGAAGGUGGCCUCAAAAAUCACCCAACACUUCAAAGAUCCUCUGACAGUGUGUGCCAGGACCAUGCCACAGUGGACACACCAGCUGGCAAGCUCUUGCAAGUUUCUGUUUCCGUUUGAAACCCGCAGGAAGUUCUUCUACUGCUCACGUGUCGGCCUGCCACACAUUCUGAAGUUCUUGUUGGAAGAGCGCAAAGCUGCAUCGGGCAGUCCAAGCCUAACCAUGAACGUGAUUCGAGAUGACCAAGGCCGGCUCUCAAGGCUAGCGCAGCUGAAGGUGACUAAGCAAGUGAGGGUUGCCAGGCGUCAUUUGCUUCCAGGAGCAAUGAAAAUAAUGGAGAUCUAUGCCAAGAUGCAAGGCCACGAGCUUGAAGUGCAGUUCCUUGGUGAGGAAGGCACAGGCACAGGGCCAACCCUCGAAUUCUACACACUGUUGUCACAUGAGCUUCAGAAGCGCAAAUUGAAGAUGUGGCGAACAGAGGAUGCUUCGAUGCACAAAACCUCAGCUGGAGAGGGAGAAGAUGGUGACAACAGUGUUGAAAGAGGACCAGGGUUGGACAUUCAGGAACAUGUCUACGCCCCACAAGGGCUGUUCCCGAAGCCCAUUCCACAGGGCAAGGUCCACAAGAAGAUCCUUAACCACUUCAAGCUGUUGGGUCGAGCCAUGGCCAGGGCUCUCCUUGACCAGCGACUCCUGGACAUGGACAUCAACCCCCUUUUCUUCAAGGUGGCCCAAGGCGAGCCUGUGGACCUGCAUGACAUCAAGGAGAUUGACAAUGCUCUGGGCGUCACACUGGAGAAGCUGCAGGCCGCACUUGAGUCCUGGAAGGCCGGAGGUCGCAGGGGUCCCAUCGCGGUGGAAGGCACUGCUUUGGAUGACCUGUAUUUGACCUUCACUCUGCCAGGAUAUGUUGACUAUGAGCUUCGAGAGAAAGGGGGGCAGUCGAUCGUGCGAACAAGCACAUUAGAGCAGUACAUAGAUGCCGUUGUUAAGGCCACACUACAUGAUGGCAUCGAGCUCCAGGUGCAGGCCUUCAGGGAAGGAUUUGAGGAGGUUUUGCCGUUGGAGGUUCUGGAUUGCUUCUAUGAGGACGAGAUGGACGUGCUACUGCGCGGUGUGCAGGAGCCAUGGACGGUUCAGAAGCUGGCAGACUGUGUGAAAUGCAACCAUGGGUACACAGCACAAUGCCGGGCUGUCCAAUGGUUUCUGGAGAUUGUGUCUGAGCUUCGGGGCAUGGACCAGAGGCGGUUUGUGCAGUUUGUGACAGGGUCGCCACGCCUGCCACCAGGAGGCCUGGCCAGUCUUCACCCACCCUUGACGGUGGUGAAGAAGACACAGGCGACACAAGGUUCUGAAGGCACGUCGGCGGGUGGCACAUCCCAGGAUGACUCUCAGAACCUCACACUGCCCUCCGUGGCGACUUGUCAGAACUACUUCAAGCUGCCAGAUUACGCAAGCAAGGACAUCAUGCGUCGCCAACUCCUGUUUGCCAUCACCGAGGGUCAGAAUUCUUUCGACCUGACGUGA